UAUAGACAUAUCACCAUCCCUCCCUCUCUCUCUCUCUCUCUCUCUCUCACUAUCUCUCUCUGUGGGUGUGUGUUACUGCUAAUGUUCAAUGCUGAUUAGCCCCGUAGUUGUUGUUCAUGCCUCCGCUUAAUUCUCCAUUGAACAACACAGAUUUUUCACAAAAUAAAAACCAAAAAUACUAAUUCUCACAAGUGGAUAAGACCUUCUAAUCCACUCCAAAUUUCCAGGAAUUUCCUCGCCAGCCUAAUCUUCCUUUAGAUAAGAGAGGAAUUUGUCACUGAAUCAAAAUUUCAGCCUUGACCUCUCAAAAGAUCACACUUUUAGAGUCAUAGCGAGACACACAGAACAGAGUCAGCUUAUCCAAUAUAGUCUUUUUCUGCUCAACCAGCUCUUGAAGCACACAAAAUCUCAAGCUAGCUAAAGCCAUUUUGUUCUGUUCUUGCAUUGUUCAUAUGGGGAACAAUCACUUGAGAGAGAUAGAAGGAAAACAAGCCCAUGAUCCUUUAUUAUUAGAGAAGACUAAUUCUGAUUCCAACAAGUUAUGGUCUUCACCAUUCGAGUAUCGUGCAGAGCCAGUGAUCAUUGGUGCAGGGCCUUCAGGUUUGGCUGUAGCGGCUUCUCUCAAAAAAAAGGGCGUUCCUAGUGUUGUUCUUGAGAGAUCCGAUUGCAUAGCCUCGUUGUGGCAGCGCAAGACCUAUGAUCGCCUUCGAGUUCAUUUACCAAAGCAAUUUUGUGAGCUUCCUUUCAUGGGGUUUCCUAAUGAUUUCCCUACUUACCCUACUAAGGAACAAUUUAUAGAGUACCUAGAAGAUUAUGCCAACGAGUUUGAUAUCAAGCCACGAUUCAAUGAGAAAGUGGCACAAGCGGAGUAUGACUGUACUCUUGGUCUUUGGCGUGUAAAGAGUGAGGGAUUAAAUGGUGAGAUGACAGAGAUUGUGUGUCGCUGGUUAGUCGCAGCCACCGGAGAAAAUGCAGAGCCAGUGACGCCUAAGAUUGAAGGAGAAGACGAAUUUGGAGGGUCUAUAAAGCAUACUAGUUUGUACAAGUGUGGGGAAGAGUUUAGAAGUCAAAAAGUUUUGGUUGUGGGUUGUGGGAAUUCAGGCAUGGAGGUUUGUUUGGAUCUUUGCAACCAUGAUGCUAAGCCUUCUAUUGUGGUCAGAGACUCGGUGCACAUCCUACCACGAGAGAUGCUGGGAAAAUCGACUUUCGGGCUGUCCAUGUGGUUGCUCAAGUGGCUGCCCAUGCGCCUUGUCGAUCGGCUACUGCUGAUUGUAUCAUGGCUCAUUCUUGGUGACACUUCUCGAUUCGGAUUGGACCGGCCGAGCUUGGGUCCCCUCGAACUCAAAAACUUGUCCGGAAAGACCCCAGUCUUAGAUGUCGGAACGCUUGCCAAAAUCAAAAGUGGUGACAUUAAGGUGCUUCCAAGCAUUAAGCGGUUAAAACGUCACGCUGUGGAAUUUGUUGAUGGAAAAAUGGAGAACUUUGAGGCCAUUAUUUUAGCAACCGGUUACAGAAGCAAUGUACCCUCUUGGCUAAAGGAGGGACAAAUGUUUUCAGAGAAAGAUGGGUUGCCUCGAAGGCCAUUUCCAAAUGGUUGGAAAGGCGAGUGUGGGCUCUACGCAGUGGGGUUUACAAAACGUGGAAUUCUUGGUGCGUCAGAGGAUGCGAAAAGAAUAGCUGAGGACAUCGAACGGUAUUGGAAAGGGAAGCAAAACAUAAAUCUACAACCUUAGCUAGCUCACUUUUGUCGAGUUUGAGAUAUAGAAAAUCGGUCGAGAGAGAGUAAAACAUUCAUGCAUGAUUGGUGGCAUCAUAUGUAUACCCACCUUUGCUCGAUCCGUUUACUUUUGCCUCAAUCAUCAUCAUGAUUUGGCCGAGUUAGACACUUAGGCAUUAGUUGGAGCUAGGAAGUAAAAAAAUAGUGAAUGACCAUCAAAUUUUUUCAUCUACAUUUUCACUUUCUUCAAUCAUCAAUUUCUAAUGCAAGUGUGAACGAGUGCAAAGUUAGUACCAAAAUUGGAGGGUUUUGAUGGUUUGGUACUGAUGCCGGUUCUCCUCCAAUUGAGGGUGAAAAAAAAAGGGUGGGGAAAGAAUUGAAUCGGAACUCUUUUGCUUCACAAAAUGACACAAGCCAGGCAGGCCAUGGGAAAGGAGGAUUUCAGAGUGAAGAAAAAAAGAUAGACCUCAUAAGCUAUUUGUACAUGUUGUACAUUACCGGUUUUCUCUAAUUAGUAGUGUUAGGUAUGACAUUUUCCAGAGAAAAAAAGAAAAAAGAUAGAAGAGUGUGGGGGGGGGGGGGGGUGGGAAAGUGUUAUAGAGAGCCAUGUUUGAUAAUUGUUUGUCUAGUGAUAUAAUUAUGUUUUAACCUCUAUUUAGUAUUUUCCCGUAGGGCUUCGAUGAGAGUAUUAACGUUUUGAUGUUUUCCUCUGGUGUAGCAUUGUAUGGAAUUCAAUUCAACAUUGAGUUUUUGGGUGUAUCCGAGACAACUUGAAGAGAAAAAUGACUUAUAAUGAAAAUCCCUUCUUUUUUUA